AUGUCAUCUUCAAAUCCCAACCCUAGGAGAGUCCCAAUUCUUGACAGUUUCCCCAAUGCCCCUGUGAGACAUAGAAGAGGCAGAGGAGGUAGGCUUCGUGGCCUAGGAUCCAUUCGUGGUGGUACCUCUGGAUUUGCUAUUCGAGGAAUGUCAGCUGAAGUAGCUAUUGCCCUUCGAGCUUCUUUUGGUACUCCUCUUUCUUUGGAGAGAGCACAAGCUAUGCUGUCAAAGAGGAAAGUUGUUGAAGAGGAUUCUGAGGAUGAUGAAGAUGAAGACACCUCUUUGGUAGUUAGACCUAGAGCCAGGAGACGCAUCAUUUCCGAAGAUGAAGCUGAAAUUUCUCCUACCCGUGCCUCCUCUCCUGUUAAUAUUGUUUCCGAUGAUGAAACCACUCCCGGGGACACCAUUGAAUCCACUCAACGUCUCUUCACUGACGGUUUCGAAAGUGGUGAACUUGGUCCAGUUUUAGAUGAGGUUCCUCUUUCCUCUUCCAUUCCUAUUCCUCCUUUGGUUCCAAGUACAUCUUUGCCCAUUUUAUCUGUUCCUGCUUCUUUGCCAAUUUCUGCUCCCUUAACUGCUUCGACUCCCUCGACUCCUGUUAUUUUUACCUCUUCCACCGCUCCUCCUUCUAUAGCUCCCCCUUCCUCUGUUCAGUAUGCAGAGGAGGGUUCCAGUAGCAAAAGUUUGGCUAUGAGGAGUGUAACACUUGAAGUUCCUGCUAAUAACAGUCUUUUAAGGAAGUCUGGUGGAGUAGAUGCCAACCUUAUUGGCACGAAAUUGAUGGGAAGAAUUUCCCUUUUAGAAAAGAAGGCUCGUGAGUCUGAUAAGACUAUUCUCGAGGCUGAGAGAGCAGCUAAGGAAGCCCAGCUGGAAACAACUAAUUGGAAGGAACACAACCGUAACCUGGAGCAGCAAAAGCGGACUCUGACUUCGGAAUUAGCGAAAGCCAAGGCUUCUUCUAGUAAAGCCGAGAAGGACAAGGAGCGCCUUGAGUGUUCCUUUUCAGAGAAAUUAUCAAAGUCAAGUGAAGAAAUCAGAGAACUUAAGGCACUCUUGAACAAGAAAGAAGAGUAUGCAGGAGAGUUAGUACAAAACUUGACUCAAGCUCAAGCUGAUUUGAAGAUCUCUUCUGAUAAGGUUCAUGCAUUAGAGAAUGAAGCUCCCAUGGCUGAAGAACCUUUAAAUGAAGAAGCCGCUGCUGUGGCAAUUGAAGUUGAAAAUGUUGUAAUUCCAGCUCCCGUGGGUGAAACUUCUAUGAAUCAGUUUGAGGAAGCUGAAGCUUCCGUGACUCUUGCUCCCCUCGAUGAAUCUAACAUUUCAAUCCCAGCUGAAACCGCUUCUGUUGCUGUUUCUUCAGAAGUUACCGUUCCUGAAAGUGAAGCUGAUAUCACAACUUCUGAUGUUCCAGCCCCUCAGUGA